CCUGCCACCGGGGUUUCUAUGAAAACACCGGGCGGCGGGCGGCGAGGGAUCUGCCGUGCGCCCAGAGAGGAGUCGGUGCCGCCGCCGAGCUGGUGUUGCGGCUCUGCCCAGUACCUGCCAGCGCCCCAUCUUGAGCUGAUUAUCUGCAAUGUUCAAACGAAGUAACUCAAGAUGAGCAAGUUAAAAGUGAUAUCAGAGAAAAGCCUUACCAAUAGUUCUCGGAUUGUGGGACUCCUGGCUCAGCUGGAGAAGAUCAAUACUGAAUCUACAGAAUCAGAUACUGCCAGAUAUGUUACAUCAAAAAUUCUUCAUCUGGCUCAAAGUCAGGAAAAAACAAGAAAAGAAAUGACAGCCAAAGGUUCUACAGGAAUGGAAGUUCUGCUGUCAACAUUAGAGAACACGAAAGAUCUUCAAACUACACUAAAUAUCUUAAGCAUUCUUGUUGAGCUGGUGUCAGCUGGUGGAGGUCGAAGAGCUAGUUUUUUAGUUGCCAAAGGUGGUUCACAAAUAUUGUUACAGUUACUGAUGAAUGCCAGCAAAGAAUCCCCCACAAAUGAAGAGUUAAUGGUACAGAUUCAUUCUAUUCUUGCAAAGAUUGGGCCCAAAGACAAAAAAUUUGGAGUGAAAGCUAGAAUUAAUGGAGCUCUGAAUAUAACCUUGAAUUUGGUCAAACAGAAUUUGCAGAAUCACCGCUUGGUUCUGCCUUGUCUUCAGCUUUUACGAGUAUAUUCUGCUAACUCUGUGAAUUCAGUAUCCUUAGGGAAAAAUGGAGUUGUGGAACUAAUGUUUAAAAUUAUUGGACCAUUUAGUAAGAAGAAUUCAGGUCUUAUGAAGGUUGCUUUAGACACUCUUGCUGCAUUGCUAAAAUCAAAAACAAAUGCCAGGAGAGCUGUAGACAGAGGAUAUGUCCACGUACUUUUAACAAUUUAUGUAGAUUGGCAUCGCCAUGAUAAUCGGCAUAGAAACAUGCUCAUUCGGAAAGGAAUUUUACAGAGUUUAAAAAGUGUUACAAACAUCAAGUUGGGAAGAAAAGCAUUUAUUGAUGCCAAUGGAAUGAAAAUUUUGUAUAACACUUCACAAGAAUGUUUGGCAGUCAGGACCCUUGAUCCUCUUGUCAACACCUCCAGUCUGAUAAUGAGGAAGUGUUUCCCUAAAAAUCGCCUGCCGCUCCCAACGAUUAAAAGUUCCUUCCAUUUCCAGUUGCCGGUCAUUCCUGUGACUGGACCUGUGGCUCAGCUCUACAGUUUACCGCCUGAAGUGGAUGACGUAGUAGAUGAAAGUGAUGACAACGAUGAUAUUGAUUUAGAAGCUGAAAAUGAAACUGAAAAUGAAGAUGACAUAGAUCAAAAUUUUAAGAAUGAAGAUAUUGAAACGGAUAUUAACAAACUAAAACCUCAGCAAGAACUAGGACGAGCUCUAGAAGAACUAAAAAUGUAUGAACACCUUUUCCCUGAGCUUGUUGAUGAUUUUCAGGACUAUGAUUUAGUCUCCAAAGAACCAAAGCCUUUUGUAUUUGAAGGAAAAGUCCGUGGUCCUAUUGUUGUUCCUACAGCAGGAGAAGAACCAUCUGGGAAUUCAGGUGAUUUAAGGAAAGAUGUUGUAAUGAAGGAGAAUGUAUCUUUUAAAGGAGAUGAAGAUGAGAAGCCUACCUUUGUGGAUCUAGCAAAAGAAGAGACAAAAGAUAAUGACAAACUGUUACAACAGCAGCUAGAUGAUCAGAAUAGAACUAUUUCUCUGGUUCAUGGUGUAAAUAAUGAUAUUGUGAAGGCCUUGGACCGAAUUACAUUGCAGAAUAUUCCUUCUCAAACAUCCCCGGCUUUUACUGCAGGAAUGAAGAAGGACUACAGUCUUCCUCUUACUGUCCUUUCAUGCACUAAAGCUUGUCCACACAUGGCUUCUUGUGGAAAUGUUCUGUUUGAGGGAAGAACAGUUCAGCUAGGGAAGCUUUGCUGUACUGGAGUUGAAACUGAAGAUGAUGAAGAUACUGAGUCUAAUUCAUCAGUAGAACAAGCAUCAGUUGAUGUGCCUGAUGGACCAACACUCCAUGACUCAGAUCUGUAUGUUGAGAUUGUGAAAAGUACAAAGUCUGUCCCAGAAUAUUCAGAGGUGGCUUAUCCUGAUUAUUUUGGUCACAUUCCACCUCCAUUCAAAGAGCCUAUUUUAGAAAGGCCUUAUGGUGUACAAAGGACAAAAAUUGCUCAAGAUAUUGAGAGACUGAUACAUCAGAGUGAUAUCGUAGAUCGAGUGGUAUAUGACUUAGAUAACCCAAAUUACAUCAUUCCAGAAGAAGGAGAUAUUUUGAAGUUUAACUCCAAAUUUGAAUCUGGGAAUCUGCGCAAAGUGAUUCAAAUCAGAAAAAAUGAAUAUGAUCUUAUUCUGAACUCAGAUAUAAACAGCAAUCAUUAUCAUCAGUGGUUUUACUUUGAAGUCAGUGGAAUGAGGCCAGGUGUUGGUUACAGGUUUAACAUCAUUAACUGUGAAAAGUCCAACAGUCAGUUUAAUUAUGGUAUGCAGCCACUCAUGUAUUCCGUUCAGGAAGCAUUAAAUGCCAGACCAUGGUGGAUUCGUGUGGGGACUGACAUUUGUUACUAUAAAAAUCACUUCUCAAGAAGUUCAGUUGCUGCUGGUGGGCAGAAGGGAAAGUCUUACUAUACAAUUACAUUCACAGUCAGUUUUCCACAUAAAGAUGAUGUUUGCUACUUUGCUUAUCACUAUCCAUAUACGUAUUCAACUUUGCAGAUGCAUCUUCAAAAAUUGGAAUCAGCACACAAUCCUCAGCAAAUCUAUUUUCGAAAAGAUGUGUUGUGUGAAACCCUGUCUGGAAACAGCUGUCCCUUGGUGACUAUAACAGCAAUGCCAGAGUCUAAUUAUUAUGAACAUAUCUGUCAAUUCAGAAAUCGCCCUUACGUUUUCUUAUCUGCUCGGGUACAUCCUGGAGAAACUAACGCAAGUUGGGUUAUGAAAGGAACAUUGGAGUAUCUGAUGAGUAAUAACCCUACUGCUCAGAGCUUGCGAGAAUCCUAUAUUUUUAAAAUUGUCCCUAUGCUAAAUCCAGAUGGUGUCAUCAAUGGAAACCAUCGCUGUUCUUUAAGUGGAGAGGAUUUGAACAGACAGUGGCAAAGUCCAAAUCCAGAUUUACAUCCUACGAUUUACCAUGCUAAGGGGCUGCUGCAAUACCUGGCUGCAGUGAAGCGUUUACCCUUGGUUUUUUGUGAUUACCAUGGCCACUCCCGAAAGAAAAAUGUAUUUAUGUAUGGCUGCAGCAUCAAAGAGACAGUGUGGCAUACCAGUGAUAAUGCAACUUCAUGUGAUAUAGUCGAAGAUAUGGGAUACAGGACUUUGCCUAAGAUACUGAGCCAUAUUGCCCCAGCAUUUUGCAUGAGCAGCUGUAGCUUCGUAGUUGAAAAAUCUAAAGAAUCAACAGCACGAGUUGUAGUCUGGAGGGAAAUAGGAGUACAAAGAAGCUAUACCAUGGAAAGUACUUUGUGUGGCUGUGAUCAGGGAAGAUAUAAGGGUUUACAAAUUGGUACUCGUGAAUUGGAAGAGAUGGGAGCAAAAUUUUGUGCUGGUUUAUUACGUUUGAAAAGACUGACAUCCCCAUUGGAAUAUAAUCUGCCUUCCAGCCUUCUUGACUUCGAAAAUGACUUGAUUGAAUCAAACUGCAAAGUAACUAGACGAUCCCUCCACUGUUCACAGAAACUCAGUGCUUCCUAAGCAGCGUCUCCCUCUUUUCCCCUCCCUUCUACCCGAGAGCAGUAAGAAGGUUUGGUCUGUUCUUGAUUCUUUUAAUGUUGAUUUUUGGAUGAGACUUUAAUGAAAUAUCCUUAUAUUUUGAGCUCUGCUUUUAGCAAUUUUAAUUCCUAUUGCUUUUAACCCAGCCAAAGAAAACACCCAUUGCUGUCCAGUAAGUUCCAACUCAUAGCAACCCUAUGUGAGUGAGACUUUCAACGCAGAAAUAUCCAGUGUGAAUAACAUAAAACUUAUAUCAGAUAACAUCUAAAUUGAGAGUUUAGAGUCAGCAUUCAUAUUUCAAAAGAAAUUUGUUGAUGUGUAGAUACAUCAAAUGGCUAUUCAAUAACCUGGUUACAUGUGUUUGAAACAGCUAAUUUAUCAUCCCUUUGAUCAUUUAAUUACAUCUGCCAGAUGUUCUUGUAAAUAGGUAAUCUUUUUCUCAUAAGGUUCAACGUACAUAAAAUUUGAUCAGUUACAAGUUCAGAGAUAAUUCAGUGUCAUAAUUCUUAAUCAUAAUAUCAGAGCUUAGCAUUUUAUAGUUUGGCCUGUAUGGGUAAGAGUAGUCCCAUUUUAUAGAACCUUUAUGAUUUUUGCUGUUAGAUACUGACUUGUCUUCAGAUUUGUUAAUUUAUUACCAUGCACUGUUACAUAUAUCGAUGUGCAGUUUUAAGGGCAGUAAAACAUUAAUGGAGACUCCAUUCUUCAUAAAUGUGAUGAUGUAGACAAGUGAUCACCUGCAUUCUCUACUUUUCAAACUGCUUGCUAAGCAGUAGUGGAAACGAGUAUAAAGAGUACAAGUUGCUUCACUGGUAUUUGAGAAACUCCUUUUAAGUUUUAAUUCAUGUAUUCUAAACCUAGGCCUAGUCCCUGAACCACCUUCCCUUCACCCUCAAGAGAUCCGUGGAUUCAGAGUGUCUGUGAAUUAGAAUGGAAUAAAAGUUACAUCUUUAUGUUCACUAACUUCUAGUUGAAUUAUAAUGUAGACAAUAAGCCACAGUAUUAGUAAUAUCUGUGACUUUUUCACCAAUAAAAAUCCAGAUCUUUUAAUACCACAUUAUGGUUGCUUUAAAUAUCCUGAAACAUCAUUUAUGCACGUCAGUAUUUUAUAAUUAUGGCUAUUAGACCCUCCAUUAGUCUUAACUGUUCUAAAAGAAGUAUACAUUUUAAUGAAAUCACAUGUACUGCUGUAUCAUAUCUUUUUAAUAUUUUGAUAAUUGUAUUUCAAUAUAAUUGAUUUUUUUGUAAUCAUCUUAUUUUGUUUUAUGCAUUUAAAAAAGUUAUUGAGAGAAGGAGUUCAUAGGCGUCACCAGACUCUCAAAGAGGACCAUGGCCCAAAAAAAAAGAACCCCAGUUCCGGUUACUCUGUGCACUUAAAAAUACAAACCUAAUAAUAAACAAUUAUAAAUUCAGACAGUUUUCCCUGUAAAAUUUCACUCUAGCUCUUUCCCCUGUUUACCACUUGCAUCAUUAGGCAGCCAGCCACUUCUUCUGUAUGCUGCCGUUCUUCUUUCUCUCUCAGCUGCAUUUCCACAUACGUCUACUUUAGCUCUUACUUUAUUGUAUUAAUUUAACAUUUUGUGUUGACACAGUUGUAUCUCCUAGUCUUAGUUUCUGAAAAGCAGGGACUUUUUUUCAAUAUAUAUUUUUUGAAGCAGUCACAAACUUAACAGAAAAGCUGGAAGUACAGUGAAAAGAAUUUUUUUCUCAAUCUAUCUGAAAGUAAAUUGCCAGCCUGAUGCCCUGUCACCCUAAAAUACUUUUGAGAAGUGCUGUCCAAUAGAAAUGGAAUGCAAGCUACAUUGUAAUUUUAAAUUUUCUAGUAGAAAUAUUGGAAAGGUAAAAAGAAGC